GAGGCGCAACUCCUUUACAAUAGGUGGCGCUAAAAACAACGUGAAUCAUAUGAACGUUGAUACAUGUCCACGUGUGAGAAACCCGGGUGUUAGAGCUACUUGCUUCAACCACGCAACUAUUAAUCCCUAAAUGGAGUUUUCAGAGAAGAAUGUGAGAAUCCCGUUCGAGCAAAAAGAGCUGGACGGUGUGUUUACGGUCCCUGCUGGCGUCACCGCGGGAUGCACAGCUAUGGUGUUGACGCACGGCGCGGGGGGGAGACAUGCACAUCAAACAGCUGGAGAGCCUCGCGCACGCUCUCGCCCGUUCGGGCGUUCUGUGCCUUCGAUUCACCUGCAGGGCGGUGAACUUCCUGUACAGAACCAGAGCUUAUAGCGCUGUUGUAGAUUACUUAAAGACCCAUGAGAGAUAUGCACCAAACAGCCUUUUCUUGGGAGGACGCUCUAUGGGUGCUCGUACAGCUGUUGCUGUGUGUAAACUUAUGUGUGACAAGCAGAAGGAUGCAGUCCAAGGUGUCCUGUGUUUGUCAUUCCCAAUGAAUGUACCAGGAAAACCACAAACACAUGUUGAGCGGAGCCGUGACCUGCUUGCACUGUCCCAAACUCCUGUGCUGUUUGUUUCUGGCACUGCAGAUAACAUGUGUGAACAGAAUCUUCUACAAAGUAGUAUGCAUGCCAUGAAAAGCCCUUCUGCUGUUCAUUGGGUCAAGGAUGCAAACCAUGGACUCGCAGUACGUGGUAGAACAGAAGAAUUGGUACUAGAGGAAGUCAAUCCACAGAUUAUUGCAUGGGUACUACAACACAAAUGAAAUGUAUGUUUAUAAAUAGGUAAAUAUGGUGAUUACUGUUUGAUGAAAGAAGAUGGUGGACUGUUGAGCCUGACCCUAACACUCUGUACAUAAUUAUGUUAACGUUGUUCUUGUUUAUGUAAGAAUGAUAAAGAAAUCAAAGCUUUUUUUAAUACAAAUUAUCAUUAUCAUUAAAGCUUUAUUUGGGAUAUUUAUUAAACUAUUACAAUCAUAUUUUUUAUCAUACUGAGAGAAAAUGUUUGCAAGCUAUAUGACAAACCAUUGUUUAUAAGCUACACUGUAAAAAACAACUUUUAAAAAAGUUGUUUCAACUUAAACGAACUGCCUUCAAAUUUUAAGUUUACUCAACUCAAAUAUCCAAGUUUUCACAUAGUACAACUUAACAUUUCAUGUUGAGUAAGCUUUUUUUUUACAGUGUAUACACGUUUGAUAUACAGUGGCUGUAAAAAGUAUACAUUCUUGUUGAAAUUGCAGAUUCAACCACGAGAUAUAAAAAAUUAAAAUCAUGUCAGAUCUUUUUGCACCUGUUGUAUUAAAAGCAAUACAUGACAUGA